UUAAAUCAAAACAACAUAUAAACACGUACAUGGUUAAUUCACAUUGAAUCACGUUUCAUCAAGGCUGAUCAUUUGAAUGUACACGUAAAACCAACGUUGAGCCAAAAUAAAACUGCACCACAUCUUAAAUCUCGCUUUCUCAUAAAAAGCGUAUCAUACCAUUUUGCUCCUUUAGCUGAAUUAAAAAAUUCUUGCAAUGAAAUUGAAAGUUUUCGAGUUUCCUUCUCAGCCGAAACACAAAGGCUUCGUCGGUUGCGUUGCUUGGAACUCGGUUAACGAACUCGUGUCUUGUGGUGACGACCACAAAGUGUUCCUUUUCAAAGCCGAGGAGCAUUUAGUUCACGAUGCGACGGCGCUCACGAACUUGAGCGAGGAAAUAUUCCCCACCGAUAUCCAUUUUAUCCCCAAAACUUCGGGGGUGGUUGGGGGAGCUAGCGCUAAAGCAUCUAAAGUGGAGUUUGUGCUUACUGCGACCAAUGGGUCGUUUAUGUUGUGUGCCAAGAACGGAACAGUGGAAAAAACAGUUGAGGCACAUCGGGGGGCCAUUUUGGCGGGAAGGUGGAACCACGAUGGAUCUGCGUUGGGCACAUGUGGAGAAGAUGGAGAGAUUAAAAUCUGGAGUAAGUCUGGCAUGUUGCGUAACAAACUGCAGCUCAACUUUCCAGUGUACACUUUCGCAUGGGGUGCUUCGAAUGAGUCGGAACAGAGCCAGCAGUUUGUGUACUCUCAGAAUAAGGAGUUGGUGAUUGCGUCCACUAAGCCAUCAACUGCACCUGUGCGGUGGAAGGCACACGAGGCUCUCAUUCUCAAGGUAGACUGGAAUCCGAUGAACAACUUAAUCGUAUCCGGAGGGGAAGACAGAAAGUACAAAGUAUGGGACAGCUAUGGCCGAGUGAUCUUCUCCAGCUCUCCGCAAAGCCAUGACCACCCCAUCACGUCCAUAGCUUGGUCGCCUGACGGAACUCUAUUUGCAGUCGGAUCAUACAAUACUCUAAGAUUGUGUGACAAGAAUGGGCCCUCGAUGUGUCUGGAAAAGCGAGAGAUGGGCAGUGUGUUCAACCUGGCCUGGUCCAAUGACAGCACCCAAGUGGCAGGUGCCUCCGCCCUCGGACACGUCGUCUUCGGAAAUGUGGUCGACAAGAAAUACCAGUGGAAAAACUACGAGGCCAUCAUUUCAGGUCCCAAGGAACUGACAAUAAUUGACGUUAUCAACGGAACCCAAACUCGGAAAGACCUCAACGAUCGAAUCAUAAAUGCAGCUCUUGGACACAACCACCUUAUAGUUGUAACCAUGUCUUUCAUAUACAUAUUCAACGUGCAAGCUCUAGGAGUUAAGGACCAUCAGAUAAAUUUCACCGAGAGUUUUGCUCCAAUUAUUGGAAUGUGCGAGAAAUAUUUCGCUGUGGUUCAUUCGCGAGGAAUAAACAUGUACUUCUACGACACGGGAAAACAAAUGAAAGGCACUGUUGAUUUUAAAAACAUAAACGUGAACGCAAAUGUGAUCACACCCAAAACUGUUUCAUUCGCAAACGACACGAUUGCAAUUAAAGAUUACAAAAAUGAAAAGAAUAUUUUGUUCUACUACUGGGAUAACAUCAACUCGCAGUGGAACUACCUGAAAAACACGGAUGAUCACGCGGCGGGAGGGAAAAAGUCGGUAGAUUUGGUGGAUGCUUCUCAGGGAAGGAACCAGGAGAUCGUUUCUUUGGCUCUGGACCAACAUGGAAGUGGCAGACACGUAGCGUAUAUUGACAAAAACAACGAUGUCUACUUGAAAGCGGUUCCGAAGCACUCCUCGAGUGGCGCUACAACAGGCAAGUCGGGCAGUGUGCAGUCGGCAGCCAAUCAGCAGGCAGUAAAACUCACCUCCAUGGUCUCUUCUAUGGCCUGGUGUGACUCGGCCAACAUCCUCGCAGUCAUGCAUGACAGCCACUUCACUGUCAUUCUCUUCCCUAAUGUCGUCUUCGUGGACAGGGACCUCCUGCCCAUGACUCUGUUGAACGUAGACAGCUCAGAGUUUGGAAAGAACCCCAUGAUCACAGGAUUUGUGGGCAAUCAGGUGAUGGUUCGCAAAUCGGACGGGACCACAAUCGGGCGAGGCAUCACCCCCUACGCCACUGUACUACACUCUCUGGUGAAGAAGAACAAGUGGGGAGAGGCAGAGAGACUGUGCAACUCAGUGUCAAUGGAACAAUUCCCGGAAGAAGCCAGUGCUCUGUGGGCGUCUCUGGCUGCAAUGGCGGUCCAGGGCAGGAAUCUGAAUGCAGCACAGGCGGCAUAUGCGUCUAUCAUGGAGAUAGAUAAGGUGGAAGCAUUGCAGAGUAUUGCGAAAAGUGCAUUCCAAGAGGCGGAGAUGUUCUUCCUCCAGGGUCUCAUAUCGGCGGCCGAGGACAGACUUCUGCCGGCAACUGCAGCUGCCGCAGCUGCCAAGCCAGAUGACAGCAAGAAAAUCAAGAGAGCAAUAGAGAUGAACAUGGAGUUGUUCCGAUGGAAGAGGGCCCUGGAUUUGGCCAAGAAGUACGGCACCAGUGUGGAAGAGGUGGUGAAGGAGAAGGAGAAAUACAAUAGACACUCUGGCAAGUCGGAGGAGACAGACAAGGCAUUCAAAGAGGCAGCUGCUAAACUCAAGGCCAAAUGAGAGGGAGGGGGGCUGUUCAUGAGGCAGAAAGUCCAUGAUACCGAAGGAAACUUUAAAUCAGUCCAAAUCAUUCAAACUGUUUAAAACACUGUGACUUAAAUGUCAGAGUUUUUGAAUACUGAAUUCUGAUGGGCUAUAAUAUAAGUUUCUGUCAUUAGCCCUUUGUGUUACGAAAGAUUCCCGCAGAUUGGUAACAAAGUUGUCUUUUUCAUAUCAAAUACGUUUAAAUUAGACUCUCUUGCACAA